AUGCUUUUUUUAUAUAAAAACAACAAAAACAACCAAAAUAAUGUAGAUUCCAAAACAAAUCAGGAUGUUAAAAGUAUUCCUUUUGAUAAAAAGAAGUUCGACUUGAGGAAAGUUGAAUUACUACGUACCGUCGGCACAGGAACCUUUGGUCGUGUAAUUGUGGUUCAUGAUAAAUGUUCACAACAAUACUAUGCAUUGAAAGUGUUGAUAAUCGAGGAAUUGGUACGACUGAAACAGGUAGAACACGUCAAGAACGAAAAGUCGAUACUAAUGCAAUUAAAUCAUCCUUUUAUUGUAAAACUGUAUUGGACUGGACAUGAUGCGAAAUUUUUUAUACAUGUUAUUCGAAUAUUGGGCCAUUUCUCAUCUGAAACUACACGAUUUUAUACAAGUGAAAUUAUUUUAGCACUGAAAUAUUUACAUAGUUUGAAUAUCGUGUAUAGAGAUUUAAAACCGGAAAAUUUGCUUUUGGAUUAUUCAGGUCAUUUGAAGAUGACUGAUUUUGGAUUCGCAAAGCAUGUUAAAGACCGAACUUAUUCACUUUGUGGUACACCAGAAUACUUGGCACCUGAAAUUCUCCAGGGUAAAGGUCACAAUCAUGCUGCUGAUUGGUGGACUACAGGAAUUAUUAUUUAUGAAAUGUUGGUUGGUCGUCCACCAUUUUAUGAUGAAAACGAUAAUCGAUUGUAUAUAUAUCAGAAAAUUGUAUCAGGAGAUUUUGACUUCCCAGACGAAAUCGUAGAUGAAAAUGCUAAAUCAAUCGUCAGGAAAUUUUUACGUGUGAAUCUCAAUGAACGACUUGGCAGUUCUAAAGAUAGUAUGUAUGAAAUAUUAGAACAUCCGUGGUUCAGUGAUAUUUGUUGGAGUGAUGUUUUCCAGAGAAAGUUAAAGCCCCCAAUCAUUCCCAAUGUACAGAGUGAUGGUGAUACCUGCUGUUAUGAACAGUAUUUUGAACAAGAUUGGUCCGAAAUUCCCUUAUCCAGUAUUAGUUCUCGUAAUUUAUUCAAAGAAUUUUAA